AUGUCAGGGAUUGACGUGUUGGGCUCAAACCCAAGCAUUCAAUACAAAGCAUCCUACGCUCACCCAUAUGCAUCGUCGAUCUCUUCUUCAGCCUCCUCCUCCUCCUCCUCCAUUUUCUCCCUCGAUGGACUCUCCACCCAGAGCUCGGUUUCAUCCACAUCAACGAACUCCGUCGAUGUGAUUUGGGAACAUGAUGGUGAAUACCCUGCCGGAGGAAGAGGACUGGCUGCCCCUGGUGGUGUUCGUUCUUGUUCAAGGGGAACUGCCCCUAAAGCUGCCGAAGUUGCUGUUCCGCGGGAAAUGCGCAAGCAUCCCCGACGUACUAGCAAUGUAGUGCAGUCAAACGGCGUGUCUUGCACGCGGCCUCCGCCCUGUCUGCUCCGGCAGUCCGAGCGGAAGGUUAACUUUGUCGAUAAUCUUGUCGACACCGCGUCGCAGAUCGUCGAGAUCAUUUGGCCCUUAUCCGCGGUUUCGCUGCGCAGUGAUUCUAGCACGGGAUGCAAGGGUGUUUUACCCCUGCGUACCUUUAUCCAAGAAACUCUCCGCCGCUCCCGGACUAGUUAUAGCACGUUGCAGGUCGCGCUCUACUACCUGAUUAAGAUCAAGUCACACGUGCCAAGCCAUGAUCUGACCCACGAUCAGUCGCGGGCCAAACCUGUCUGUCGUGCCAUGCAGUGUGGUCGACGCAUGUUUUUGGCCGCUCUGAUCUUGGCGUCUAAAUAUCUUCAGGACCGUAAUUAUUCUGCUCGCGCUUGGAGCAAGAUUUCCGGCCUGAAUACGACAGAAAUCAACCAGAACGAGUUGAUGUUCCUCGAGGCCGUUGGUUGGCGACUUCACAUUUCCGAAGCCACCUUCCAGCGCUGGACAGACAUCGUUCUGAAGUAUACUCCCAGUGCGGGGGGUAUGAUUGCUCUUGAAGGACAGUCUUGGCGCACACUGAUUCCGAAGCUCACUCCGGAGCUGGAGGAAAUUGAUGUUGAGCCCAUGAAGCCUUCGAGUAUGGGCGAAUUCAACCCUCACUUGGUGACCGACUCCCCCUCGCCUCGCAGCACUGGCCCGCGCGGCGCUGACUGCCCGGCCCCCGUUUCUGUCGAGUCGACCGCUGUUCCGGCUCCCGAGUUGAACAGCCAAGCAGAAAGCUGUGUCCCAGUCCUCCCAGCCCUCCCCGCGAUGCCCCGACUGCCGAUGCUGCCCACCCCUCAGAUGACCCCCCAGUCAAACAACGCCGCCACUCCUGCUGCGAGUGCCGGCGGCCAGGCUGCUCACCGGCGCCAUAUGUAUGCUGCAAUGUCUCAGGCGCAGAGCAUGUGUACUGCGCGAUCGAUUUUCGAUCAGCGCCCGUCACUUCCGCUUUGCCCUAAAACUAGCACGCUGGAUGGUUACCCAACCUUGCUGCGCCGGUCAUCCCUGGCUUGCUCGACGUCAUCUGCAUCUUCACCAGAGUCGAUGGUUUCGGAUGUCUCCACGCUUUCUUCCCAAUCUUCCCAGUCUUUCCAGUCUUCCCAGUCUUCCCGAUCUUCCUUGUCCUCGAGUUUCUCGGGUACCAAUGGAGCUGCUUUGCCUCGUCUAGCGGUCCAGGCCACCAUGCGAUCCACUGGCAACUCUUUGAAAGAGACUCGGAAACACUUGGGUGUUGCAUCUCCCAUUGAUGAAACUUCUUUCAGCGAUGCAUACAGCUCCCCGGAAACCUACUUUGGCCGCGGCGGCCGGGUUCCUGAUCUCUCUAGCUUUUCGCUAAGAACUCCAGUAGAUAUCUCGUCUACCCAUGAAGCCGCUCAGAGCCUCUGCGAAUUGUCGGGUGCCAUUUGCCGUCCUCAGAAAACGGUCGCGCCAGGGUCUCACCGUCGUCAAUGUCGCAAGCGUGGCCGCACUGGAUCCGAAGACCUGCAAUUGCAGAAUCACGUUCGCCGAUUGAUGCGCACUGACUCUGUUUCUGAAGGUCCCGUCCUGGCGGAUGGUACUAUGGCUAACGUCUUUCGCAAGUCUGAAUCAGCCAACCAGACCCCUUCGUCGGUCUCGCAGCUCAGCGCUCUUGGCUUUGGUGCUUCGCUCUCUGGUCCCGCCGGCAUGAAGCGUGCAUGCUGUGGGAGCGAAGCUCGCAAGAUUGCGCUCCAUCCUAGCUUGCGUGCCGACUAUAUGAGCUAG